AUAAUAAAACGAGGAAAAACACCAUUAUAAAUAAGUCAAAUAAUUAACGAACGUGAGAAAUACAAAAAUGCAAACAAAUGGCAAUCGUGUUGAUGUGUAGAUAUUGAAAUUGAUAUUGACUGUGCAGUAACUUUAAUGCAAGCAGUGUGCCCACCGCAAUUCCAAAUUACGUGCGUGACUUGGUCACACUACCGGAAAAUGCAUAUCUGUCUGGUUGCCGCGAACACUCGCAGCUGGGCAUUAAUCCUCCCGAGAAGAUGACACUAAUUGGGCCGCGGUCAACUUUGGUUGUGUUUAGUGUUUUGGGUUCAGUGUUUAGCUUUAUGUUUUUAGUGGGCCGCAUGUUGGUGCUCAGUGUCAGUUUCGCCUGGCUCUUCGGCCGCAACUGACGACUGUUGAUUCCGUGUGGGCUUUUCACCUGUCGAAAGGUGCGAAUUAGUAUGACACCGCCUCGGCUGAGUCGCUAUUUGAUGGCAGUGCGUGGUGGGCGCGAUGGGGAGCAGCACAGCAAGAACUCGCAGACCGACGAAGAGAAGCAGCGCGAUCGACAGCGAAACGAGCGCGAGGCGAAAAAGGAAGAGCAGGACGCUAUCAACUACAAGCGCGACAAGGAGCAACGCGAGGCCCGUCUGCUGGACUUUGAGAUACGCCGCCAGCAGAAGCGGGACGAGCAGCAGCAGCAGCGUCAGCAGCAGCAGCAACUGCAGCAGCACCGCGAGCAGCAGCAUCAGCAGCACCAGCAGCAGCGCGAGCAUCUGCAGCAGCAGCAUCGCGAUCAGCAGCAGUCCAGCGAGAAAAGUCCGCCCACCUCGUCCAGCGCAGCCGCCGCCCACCAGACACAUCCCCAUUCGCAGCAGCAGCAGCAGCAGCAGCGGCAGCACUUGCAUCUGCAGCAACAGCAUCUGCAGCAGCAGCAACAGCAGCAGCAACAACAGUCAACGGGCAGCGGCAGCAGCAACACACCCGUGACCCCAAAGUUGCAGACACCUCCCCCCGAUCGAUCGCUGCCCCCCGCCUUCCGGAGUCGCUCCAUCGAGCGGGAGAUCUUCUACGAACGGAAGCGAUUCUCGCAGCCGGAAACCGGCGAGAUCAAGGAGCUCGAUAGUACGACAUCAUCAUCCUCCACGCAGCAGACCUUCCCUGGCAGCGCAGUCGGGGCGGGCAGAGCAGCGGCAGCAGCGGUACCUGGAAGCGGGACAGCGGUAGCGGUUGCAGUAGCAGGAGCGGGAGCGGGACAAUCGGCGACAUUGGCGGGGCCGCCGGCAACGGCCGCAGCUGCCACAGCUGCGAUCAUACCGAUUCUGCCGCUCGGCGUUGCAACGCUGCGCGAUGAUUCCACCGAAUCCGAGCAGUCCGUGACCUGUGCGCACAACCAGCUCGAUGCCUACCACCGCAUCAUGUGCCGGGCUCCCAUUGCGUCACUCGACUGUAUGGAGGAGUUCAGUGGUACGGGCGGUCAUCUUGAUUUCGGUCGUUCGAUCAGUUUGGGCUCCAAUCCGGCGUUACCACUGCGCCAUGGAUCCACACCGACGCCGGGGCUGCGGUACAAGAAUCUGGGCAAGAGCGGGCUGCGUAUCUCGAAUGUGGGAUUGGGUACCUGGCCGGUCUUCUCGCCAGGCGUGAGCGAUGACCAGGCGGAGGCAAUCCUUAAGCUGGCCAUCGAGAGCGGAAUCAAUCUGUUCGACAUCUCGGAGGCGCACUCGGAGACGGAGAUCGGCAAGAUACUGCAGCGGGCGGGCUGGAAGAGGACCGCCUAUGUCAUCACCACGAAGGUCUACUGGAGCACCAAGUCGGAGGAACGGGGUCUCUCCCGGAAACACAUCAUCGAAUGUGUUCGAGCCAGUUUGCAGCGAUUGCAGCUGCAGUACAUCGAUAUCGUCAUCAUCCACAAGGCAGAUCCCAUGUGUCCCAUGGAGGAAGUGGUGCGCGCCAUGAGCUACGUGAUACAGCAGGGCUGGGCAAUGUACUGGGGCACCGCUCGAUGGAGCCAGGUGGAGAUCAUGGAGGCCUACACCAACUGCCGCCAGUUUAACUGCAUCACGCCCAUUGUGGAGCAGUCCGAGUACCACAUGUUCUGCCGCGAAAAGUGCGAGCUCUACCUGCCGGAGAUGUACAACAAGAUCGGAGUGGGCCUCAUGGCCUGGGGUCCACUCUCAAUGGCCCUCAGCGACACCCAGAAUGGGGACAAGCUUUUCCUGCCCAAGGGCUCCUUCAAGACGAAGAGCUUCUCCUGGACCGAGGACGAGAUCAAUCGUAAUGCCGCUCUGUCGCCGCAGGGCAGUUGGGGUAAGGACCGGAUCGAUGAGGGUCGUCGCCACUGCGACCGCCUCCGCGACCUUGCCGCCCUCGCCGAGAAGCUGGGCUGCAGCCCCACCCAAUUGUCGAUCGCCUGGUCGCUGAAACAUGAGCCAGUGCAAUGCCUGUUGCUGGGCGCCACAUCGGCGGAGCAGCUGCACCAGAGUCUGCAGUCGUUGCAGCUGCUGCCACGACUCUCCUCGAGCGUUAUGCUGGAGCUGGAAAGGAUAUUGGAAAACAAGCCGGUGCGGCCGCCGAUGAUCUCGACCUUGGCGCUCCGGUGACAAUCAGCGUGCCCG